AAUUAUGGCUUGCUCUAGGAUAGAAGCGUAGGUCUUGCAUCUGAAACUCAUUCUGGCUAAACAAAAUCCCUUCUGAUUCUUUGAUCCAGUCAAAAGGAUCGGUUCUAUCAGGAGAUUACAACAUGCCUCUGAGAAAUGAUUACUUAGUUUAGAAGACAGCAUUGCAAUUAAAAAUUCAUGACUGUAGAAUUAAAAAAAAAAAAAAAAAAAAAAAGAACCCACUCUUUCCUUCCAGGCUUAUGUCAGACUUGCAAUGAAGUUAGAACGAACAGGAGGAGUCUGCAGCUUUUCAGUGCCUGAGAUAACUAUAGUUUAAAGAUCAUUGUGUAAAAUAGGGUUUUUAGUCAGCACACAUUGUUUUAAACUGACUGAUAGUCUAAAACUUUAUUUUUGCAUUUUGGCAAUCCUUGGAGUUUUGCAGAAUUAAGAAAAAAAUGAACGUAUGAUCAUCUGAAAAGCACUUUCCCUCAAUCCCACUUCAUGGCAUGACCUCUGCUGGAUCAUUAGUUCUAGCCAGAGAAGUAGCAAAGGAACAUGACGUCUGAGACCUCCCUUUCCUCAUCAGUGGGGCUGACUGAGCUGGGGGCUUGAAGCCGCGGGUAACCUUUCCUGUCGAAUGUUCUCUUUAGAGAAUGGCAAUGGUCUCUGCGAUGUCCUGGGUCCUGUAUUUGUGGAUAAGUGCUUGUGCAAUGCUACUCUGCCAUGGAUCCCUUCAGCACACUUUCCAGCAGCAUCACCUGCACAGACCAGGUAAGUCAGGAGCUGGAUCCACUGCAGCCUCCUCCAGUCUUACCACUGUUUCCUUAACAGAUGGUUGAAUGCAAGUGACAUAAAGUGCUGUAGUGUGGGCAGCUUGCCUUUGAAUUCCAAGACAUAUUGUUGGCUGGAUGCUUUGGGGGAAGGGCAGUGUGCCAAAAUGUCUUGGGGGUAUUCCUAUUAAUUUCUCAGAAAAGGUGGGUUUUUCUAAGUGUCACCCCACCUGCUUCUACACACCUUGAAAAGUAGAAGUCAUCUGUUUUUGGACGCUUUGGCCAAUAGCAGAAUAUUCUGCAAAAGGUGGAAUAACUUUCAAGACUUGAGGAUUUUACCUACUAUAAUCUUGGUCUGUAUGUGGCUAAGAAUUUUGUUGGGGGCAUAGUCCCCAAAUUAACUUUGGAAGAAAGUUGUCAAUGAAAAAGAAAUUAAAAAGUAACUUACUAUUUCUUGUCUGGUAUAAUAUGCCUCCUUUCCUUUCUCCCUUCACUUUCUGUUCUUCCGGUAUGCUCAGUGGCAUUUUUCCCUCUCUUUUGGCAGUUUCAGGGACGAGGUCCCUCCCACCUGAUUUUUGUUUUGUUUUGUUUCUCCUAUAUUGAAUUUUUAGUUCCGGACGCAUUUUGCUUUCUUCCUCUUAAUGUUCAAAGUGUAUUUUUCACCCAUCCACGGCCUCGCUCCUCAAUCUGGAUUUUGCUCUCCUUCUUUGCCUCUCCAGCUUUCUCAUUACAGUCCCUCCCAGCUCGAUUGUCCUUACCUUCCCCGGUUCUCGGAAAAAUUUCCUUCCAUUUUCUGUUCAGCAUCAGCCUUCACAUCCUUCUACUACCCACCCCGCCUUCACCCUCCACCCAACCUCCCUCCCCCGCCUCCCUUCCUCUCUCGCGACGGUCAAGUUCAGGCUCUGGGGACCAGUUGCGCGCCCAAGUUUCUGAUGCUGAGUUCUGAAGUGUUCCCAGCUCUCCACCCGCCUCUCCAAAUCCCAUCAAUGGCCUCCUCCCAUCCGUCGAGCUUCCUCCUGCUGCGUGGUCCAGCGUCUACGCCCUUGCCUUUCCCUGGCUCCUCAGGCGGCCUGGACACCGAUCCCAGGCUCUUCUGUACAGUCCUCCAGCAAUACCUUCCGGGGCCCCGCUUGCUGCCUCUCGGGGCUCAGCUUCCCUGCUGGGGGCAGGCUUGUCAGAGCGCAGAUGCAGCCCAGGGUCCUCCUGCGCGCCUGCACCAGGCUGCAGUGAGCGCGCAAGCCUGCUGGGUGCUGGAGCUCUGGCAGCCCCGGGAGAAGGGGUGGGGCUGGCUUGUGCUUGGGGCUGAGGUUGGGGGCUGAUUCGGGGCCCCGCCAUCCUGUUUCCCCACGCUCUGGUCUGAGAGGGAAGGCGAGGGGGCGCUAGUGCCUCUGCAGGUGGGCAUGGAAACCGCCCUGCUUCAGGACGCGCUUGUAUUUCUGCAUCCUGUGUCCAGAGCCUGGAGCGGGAACAGUCACUCAAGCCUCAGUGCAACCGAGAUGGAGGGAAAACAAAAGUGAAUUUGAGAUUCCCACAUUACCUCCAAUCGCUUAAUCACAGUCAGUUCUGGCACAAAUGUCUUUCACUACAUGGUCAUAAAUAAUAAACAAUGCGGGAC